UGCGAAUUGUAGACUUGGGCGGUCAAAUAUUCUUCCCAUUCGUUCUUCUAUACAGAUCCACCAGAAUUUCCACUUACAUUGGUAGCAGUAAAACAGGAAACAGUUCAAGAUGAUGGACGCUAAAGGUAACGUGUUCACAGGAGCGACGUUGAUGAUAUUUGGAUGUAUAUACCUUGGGUUGGGUAUUACGUGUUUAGCACUUAGGAACUACGGCUGGCAGAUAGGAUUUCACUUAUGGGGUGCAUUGGUGUUCAUUGUCACUGCUGUCUACGGACUACUUGCGAACAAUUUAAAGAAACGUGACUUGAUUCAUGGAUAUACAAUUUUCUGUGUUGCUUGUAUUGCCACAUCGAUUAUUCUCAUUAUUGGGCUGAGUAUUGGCAUAGCAAACGAGUAUUUUGGUGGUUACUGUACUUGGUUUGAUUGGUUCAUGAUUGAUGGAUGCAGCGCACCGGUUGCUCGUAUGGUGAUAGACAUUAUUUAUUUAUGUUUUGCUUCACUUGGAUUAGUCUUGGCUAUCGGAUGCACAUAUGUCGCCGGCAAAUACUCUCACCGAGCCGAAGAAGAGAGGGUCAGCAAACAAAAAGUGUAUCGCAACUAAAUUUAGAAUCUUUUUUAUAUGGAUGAAAAUUUUUCUCACGGAGUUUAUCACAACUGCCCUGCCAAUCCUCUUCGACUAUGGUGCACAGAAGACCAAGCUAAAACAUUACAAACUGGCACAUACUGUCCCAAUGCUCUAAGCUGACACUAUGCAUUGAGGUCUCUGCCAAAUUCUUAAGCUUCAAAUUUAGUACCAGCAAUUCCAGUCCAGAUUAUUAGAUAUUUACUUUUCAUUUUACAUGUGUUUUGCAUUCAAACGUAGAUAUAGUCGUUUUUUGUAUGAAUGCUUAUAGUAAUUACAAUUAUAACUGAUCUUGACGGUCCUUAAUCAAAUUGGGAAUCAAUUCAUCACCCUCCUCUACAAACAAUUGUGUAUAUAACAUCCCUGUUGUUCCCUGUGAAAACGCAAAUAGAAUAAUUUAUUCAAAGGUCAUUGAAACAGAAUGUGUUACUGUUUACUGUUAUAUAUUGUAGAAACACGUAUAAACAUCAUAUACAGUAUAUAUGAAAGUAAUCUGAUUUAUCACAAAUUAGUAACAUUUCCAUCAACUAGAGAAAUCUUAUUUCACUUGUAAACUGAUAAUGGAUACUUGAAGCCGGUUUAUAAGAUUUGAUAAUAGAGCAUGUGUCAAAAUAUAUCACCCACAACCCACGAAAUUCAUUAAACUAGUUGCUGACUUGUAUUUAAUUUAUAGUCAAGUUUAUGUAGUCAUAAGUCGACCUCGUUGGAUGGAAGGCACUUGUAUAAGGAAAAACUUGUGUUCAAGUGUAGGGUUGUAUUUUACAUUUUAUAUCUCCAAUAUGUACGAAUCUGAAUUAGUUUCCAAAGCUAUAAAUAGUUUUUACGAAAUGGUUUAGCUCAGAAUUCCAUUGAACUCUAUUAAAUUUAACCAAUCUUAAUACGUUUUUCCCCUUACAAAUCGUUGCAAAAUAUAGAAAAACACAUUAUUUUCUCUUUUUAUUAAAGUGUUCUUUUUUUUUUACAAAACCAGGUGAUUUAUUAUUUCAAACUCAAACAUAUUUCUCAUUCGAAUGGCAAGCAACUUGCUUUCUUGUGAUGCUCAUAAUCAUGUAUUAACAGAUGUAAAAACA